CUCUCUCUCUCUCUGUCUGUCUGUCUCUCUCUCUCUUUCCCUCUCUGUCGGGCGGAGGCGCCCACCACCGCCAGCCCAGUGCUAGGGGGACCUAGUCCAGGCUGUAGCUGCAGGACCCGACACCCUCCAUGGCUCCCCUGGCCUUAGUGGGGUUUGCACUCCUCCUGGGGACGGCCCCGUGCUCGGGGGCGGCCACCCCCACCCCCUCCCUGCCACCUCCCCCCGCCAAUGACAGCGAUGCCAGCACAGGGGGCUGCCAGGGCUCCAACCGUUGCCAGCCGGGGGUCCUGCUGCCCGUUUGGGAGCCUGAUGACCCGUCGCUGGGUGACAAAGCGGCGCGGGCCGUGGUCUACUUCGUGGCCAUGGUGUACAUGUUCCUGGGCGUGUCCAUCAUCGCCGACCGCUUCAUGGCGUCCAUCGAGGUCAUCACGUCCAAGGAGAAGGAGAUCACCAUCACCAAGGCCAACGGCGAGACCAGCGUGGGCACCGUCCGCAUCUGGAACGAGACCGUGUCCAACCUGACGCUCAUGGCCCUAGGCUCCUCAGCCCCCGAGAUCCUGCUGUCUGUCAUCGAGGUCUGUGGCCACAAUUUCCAGGCGGGCGAGCUGGGCCCAGGCACCAUCGUGGGCAGCGCCGCCUUCAACAUGUUUGUGGUCAUUGCCGUGUGCAUCUACGUCAUCCCAGCCGGCGAGAGCCGCAAGAUCAAGCACUUGAGAGUCUUCUUCGUCACUGCCUCUUGGAGUAUCUUCGCCUACGUCUGGCUUUAUCUCAUCCUUGCCGUCUUUUCCCCCGGCGUGGUCCAGGUGUGGGAGGCGCUGCUGACCCUCGUCUUCUUCCCGGUGUGCGUGGUGUUCGCCUGGAUGGCCGACAAGCGGCUGCUCUUCUACAAGUACGUGUACAAGCGCUACCGCACCGACCCGCGCAGCGGCAUCAUCAUCGGCGCCGAGGGCGACCCCCCCAAGAGCAUCGAGCUGGACGGCACGUUCGUGGGCGCCGAGGUGCCGGGCGAGCCGGGCGGCCUGGGCCCCGGCCCCGCCGAGGCCCGCGAGCUGGACGCCAGCCGCCGCGAGGUCAUCCAGAUCCUCAAGGACCUGAAGCAGAAGCACCCGGACAAGGACCUGGAGCAGCUGGUGGGCAUCGCCAACUACUACGCGCUGCUGCACCAGCAGAAGAGCCGCGCCUUCUACCGCAUCCAGGCCACGCGGCUGAUGACGGGCGCCGGCAACGUGCUGCGGCGACACGCGGCGGACGCCUCGCGCCGCGCCUCCCCGGCCGACGGCCCCGGCGAGGACGAGGACGACGGCGCCAGCCGCAUCUUCUUCGAGCCCGGCCUCUACCACUGCUUGGAGAACUGCGGCUCCGUGCUGCUGUCCGUCGCCUGCCAGGGCGGGGAGGGCAACAACACCUUCUACGUGGACUACCGCACCGAGGACGGCUCCGCCAAGGCCGGCUCCGACUACGAGUACAGCGAGGGCACGCUGGUGUUCAAGCCGGGCGAGACACAGAAGGAGCUGCGCAUCGGCAUCAUCGACGACGACAUCUUCGAGGAGGACGAACACUUCUUCGUGCGGCUGCUGAACCUGCGCGUGGGCGACGCGCAGGGCAUGUUCGAGCCCGACGGCGGCGGGCGGCCGAAGGGACGGCUGGUGGCGCCACUGCUGGCCACCGUCACCAUCCUGGACGACGACCACGCGGGCAUCUUCUCCUUCCAGGACCGCCUGCUGCACGUGAGCGAGUGCAUGGGCACCGUGGACGUGCGCGUCGUGCGCAGCUCGGGCGCGCGGGGCACCGUGCGCCUUCCGUACCGCACCGUGGACGGCACGGCGCGCGGCGGCGGCGUGCACUACGAGGACGCGUGCGGCGAGCUCGAGUUCGGCGACGACGAGACCAUGAAAACUCUUCAGGUGAAGAUAGUUGAUGACGAGGAAUAUGAGAAAAAGGAUAAUUUCUUCAUCGAGCUGGGCCAGCCACAGUGGCUUAAGCGAGGGAUUUCAGCCCUGCUGCUCAAUCAAGGGGAUGGGGACAGGAAGCUGACAGCCGAGGAGGAGGAGGCUCGGAGGAUAGCAGAGAUGGGCAAACCAGUUCUUGGGGAAAACCGCCGACUGGAGGUCAUCAUCGAGGAGUCAUAUGAUUUUAAGAACACGGUGGAUAAGCUCAUCAAGAAAACCAACUUGGCCUUGGUGAUUGGGACCCAUUCAUGGAGGGAACAGUUUUUAGAGGCAGUUACAGUGAGCGCAGGGGACGAGGAGGAGGAGGAGGACGGGUCCCGGGAGGAACGGCUGCCUUCCUGCUUUGACUACGUCAUGCACUUCCUGACGGUGUUCUGGAAGGUGCUCUUUGCCUGCGUGCCCCCCACGGAGUACUGCCACGGCUGGGCCUGCUUCGGCGUCUGCAUCCUGGUCAUCGGCCUGCUCACCGCCCUCAUCGGGGACCUUGCCUCGCACUUUGGCUGCACCGUCGGCCUCAAGGACUCUGUCAACGCCGUAGUCUUCGUGGCCCUGGGCACCUCCAUCCCUGACACGUUCGCCAGCAAGGUGGCGGCGCUGCAGGACCAGUGCGCGGACGCGUCCAUCGGCAACGUGACGGGCUCCAACGCGGUGAACGUGUUCCUGGGCCUGGGCGUGGCCUGGUCGGUGGCCGCCGUGUACUGGGCGGUGCAGGGCCGCCCGUUCGAGGUGCGCACCGGCACGCUGGCCUUCUCCGUCACUCUCUUCACCGUCUUCGCCUUCGUGGGCAUCGCCGUGCUGCUGUACCGGCGCCGGCCGCACAUCGGCGGCGAGCUGGGCGGCCCGCGGGGCCCCAAGCUCGCCACCACGGCGCUCUUCCUGGGCCUCUGGUUCCUGUACAUCCUCUUCGCCAGCCUCGAGGCGUACUGCCACAUCCGGGGCUUCUAGGCCCCCCUCCCCCUCCCCAGAGACUCGGCUGCCCCUGCUUCGGACCCGCGUCUCCUUUUGUCCUCCAGAGAGAUUCGGCCUCCUCUCUCCUGGGACUCAGCCUCCCUUCCUCCUGGCAGUUAAUAUCCCUGCCCUCCGUCCCCACUAACAUCCUCGUCCCUUCCCCUCGGGGGUCUCCCCGAGAUACCCACAACUGCCGCCCAGCCCUGGUAGCCACUGUCCGCCCCCCCCCCCCCCGGGGACAUUGCCACCUCGAGGCCCCUCCCCAGAGAACCGCCCCCUACCCCGCGACCUUCUAGAGAAUCUAUAACA